AUGGACGGUGUCUCCGUCGCCAGCAGCGUCGCUGGUCUCGUUACCCUUACGUUACAGGUUGGCGGCGCCGUUGCAACCUAUGUCACUGCCAUCAAGGAGCGGUCCAAGAAUGUCAAAGAACUGCAAGAUGAAUUGCUGCUGCUGGGCGAAGUGCUCAGCAACCUGCGGGAUUUUUUGAAUAGCGAGAAGGCGGCCGGCAGGUCUUUUGACAGCUACUCUGUUCUGUCGAAAGCCAUCAGAGAUUGUCGACAGAGGAUAGAGCGCAUCGGGGAUCGACUGAAGCCUCCGCCGGACGGUGGGAGAUUUCUCCGCGCGAUCGACCACCUCAGAUGGCCGUUUGAGCAGAGGGAGGUCAUGCACAUGGUGGACAAUCUCAAGCGGUACAGCCAGACCUUCCAGUUUGCUUUCACCAUCGAAGGCUUCAACCUCUUGUCGAAGUCGUCAGAAGAUGCCACGAAAGGCUUACAAGAGAUGCUCCAGGUUUCAAAGAAGAUAAGUGAGUUGUCUGCUCAGAUGGGCUUGUCCACCGAGGAGUCUUCCAAGCGCGCCGCUCAACUCGAGCACAUCAUUGCCUUGGUACCCAUGCUUACCCAGACCGCUGCGGACGUGAACGAGAUCUCUCAAGCUGCGCGACUAGCUGAGUUGAGAGAGCAGGAACGAAGGACUACGGACAUACUGGAUUGGCUCGCUCCCGUCUCGUCGCUGCACAAGCAUCGUGACCUCCAGGUACGACGGGCUAAGGGCACAGGACGAUGGUUCCUCGAGCAUCGCGACUUCCUCGACUGGAUCGACGACAGAAGUACGAGUCAUGACCUUCUCUGCAUUGGCGGACCGGGAGCUGGGAAAUCUAUACUGUCCUCACAUAUCGUUGAUUUUCUGCGAACUAGAUUCAAAGACCAGGACGUCGCUGUAGCUUACUACUAUUACGACUAUUCCGAACAACUGUCACAGCACCCGUCCGCCUUUGCCAGGUCCCUUCUACGCCAACUCAGCUCCCAUGGCGAAAACGUGCCGUCUGCCGUUGCCGAGUUUUAUCAACAGACGAGGAAUGCCGUCAAAGACCAGACGUGGUUCCACGAUUUGUUGGCGGUCACGCGCCGGGUUGUCGCGACCUUCACCCGGUGCUUCAUCAUAAUUGAUGCCCUUGACGAGGCAGAUAGUCAGAGCCAAAGGUCAGGGUUUUUCGAGGUCAUUGGCGCCGUUAGAUCCUCCUCGGGGAGCACGGUAAAGCUGCUUGCCACCACCAGACCACACGCCUUUAACCUGCUGGACAAGUUCGAUGAUCCGGUGACAAUCGAGAUUGUUGCAGAUGCCGGAGAUCUUCGUCGAUAUCUCGCCCAAACGAUAGACGAACAUCCCGACUCUGAAGAUCUAAUGGAUAAUGAGCUUCGAACACAAGUUCUUGACACGUUAACAAAGACCGCUCAUGGCCUGUUCCUGCUGCCAGCUCUUCAAGUCAAGACGAUAUUGGAUCAAAUCACAAAAGCCGAUGUCAGACGAACAUUGCUCCAUCUCUCGACAGAUCUGACGCAUGCCUUCCAGUCCACGAUACAAAGGAUCUCGAACCUCUCUGUUGCCAGGCGAGAUCUCGCUUUUCGGAUAUUGAUGUGGUUAUCUCAUGCCCGGCGGCCACUGACACUAUUGGAGUUGCAGCAUGCCAUGGCCCUGCGACUCGAAGAUACCGAUCUGGAUAGGGACAACUUCCCAUCUGUGAGAACUCUUGUUGACUGCUGUUGCGGACUUGUCGAGGUGGACCAUGAGAGCUCCCUCAUACGCCUAGUGCAUCACUCCUUGGAAGAGUACCUGCGCAACCAUGACCAUGGCCUCUUCCAGGACGCCGACCUUGUCAUCACCAGAACUUGUAUAAAGUAUUUGAUGCUUGAUUCGAUCAAAGAUCUACCAUACAAGAAGAGGGAGGAUUUUGCUAAGGCUUUGGACGACUUUGCAUUCCUGGAGUAUGCAGCUCUUGAAUGGGGCCAUCACGCCUACCAGGUUCCCGUGGAGAAGAUCAAGGACAUCACCCUCUCUCUGCUUUCGGACAGCCUUCGCAUGUUCACUAUGGCUCGCGUGCGUGAUUUCCGAGCGAAUGACCUCCGAAACUGGAAGGAGAAGACAUGGGCUUGGGCUUAUUCGGGUGGUGCUGGGAUUUCGAUAGCGGCUCAAUUUGGCCUUUCCGAGCUCCUCAAAGUCUUGAUUGCGCAAAAUCGGUCUGAUCUCUGUCUGAAUGCACGCGGCGCGUACGGAAACACAGCACUACAUGAAGCAGCACUUUCUGGUCACGAAGAGGCCGCUCAAGUCCUGCUCCAGCAUGGAGGCAGUGUGCUGGAUGUGAAUCAUGGCCAAAGUACGCCCUUGUACCUGGCAGUGUCUUAUCGACAGCUCUCCAUGGUGAGACUACUUCUUCAGUAUGGACGAGAACAGCUGGAUUACCCCGGCCCAAAGGGUUUCACACCUCUUCAUAAAGCUGUUGAACAAGGCGACGAAGAAAUGGUCACUACCCUCCUGCAGGCGGGGGCGUUGGUAGCAGCCACCAACAGUCAAGGAACGACUCCCCUGCACAUUGCUGCGCUCCGCGGCUACCUCCCCAUCGCGAAGCUGCUGGUACUCUCGGGCGCUUUGGUGCACGUGAAAGAUAGGGAGGGUCUGUGCCCACUCGACUCGGCUGCCACCGGUGGCUUCACCGAUAUGGUCGCUUACUUCGUUGAGAAUGGCGGGAACAUAUUCCAUAGAGGACGUGAACUCUGGACGCCGCUGCACCGGGCGGCGAGAAGAGGCCACACUGAGAUUGUGCGCUUCUUUCUGGAGCGAGGAGCCAAUGCUCUGGCCUUCGACUUCAAGCAUAACACUCCGCUACACCUGGCCGUUCGAUCCGGAAGUAUGGGGGCCGUGAAAACGCUUGUCGAAUACAGUUCUGAUUCCGAGCUCAAACGAGCACAACUCUUCUCUCGUGAUAAGAAGGGGUCUACGCCACGAGAGGUCGCCUUCUUCACCGCCCACUACGACAUUCACAAAUAUCUCCGCGCCGCAGAAAGGGAGGCACAAGGCAUGACCGAACCAAGCAGCUCGAACAUACUCACCACGGCCAUUGAGAGGGGCGAUCUGCAAGCCGUGCAAGCCCUUCUCGCCAAAGAUCCUGACUCUAUCAACUCGCUCGACGAAGACGGCCAACCACCUCUGCACGUCGCAGUCCAAGAAAACCAAAAGUCUAUUAUCGAAUAUCUGCUCAGCAGAGGAGCUUCGAUCGAAACGGUAGGCUAUCACGGCUGGCGAGCUUUGCACAUAGCAGCCUCGUUGGGCGACGUCGACCUGGUGGAGUUGUGUCUCUCCCAUGGCGCCAAAAUCGACACGCGGACACAUACGAAUCAGACACCACUCCACAAAGCUGCGUCUUCUCGCUCCGUUGCGGUGGUCCGCCGGAUCUUAUCUGCCGGGGCCAAUCCAGAAGCCAAGAACGACCACGGGAUGACCGCUCUGCAUAUUGCCGCGAGUCAGAACGAUAUUGACAUCGUUCGAAUGCUGGUGGUGGAAUGCGGUGUUGAUGUCCUGGCGGGAGAUCGCCUCAAGUUGACCGCGGCAAUGUGGGCGGAGAGAUCGGGGCACCUGGACGUCUGGGCAUACCUCCGAGGAGAGGAAGGUAAAGCCACAGCCAGGAAGAGGAGUGUUGUCGCUCUCCAAGAGGAGGCUGAUGAGGAGCUGAGGAGCAGGAGUGCAGAGUAUCCGAGUAUCAAAGAGCUGGUCGACGCAUUGGGUGAUGUUCAGGUUGAGGUUGAUGCUGACGAGAAUGAGCCCCUAGGUCCAUAUGGACGGUAA